UGGGUCGCCAUCCCACAGUAGCCAUGGUGGGAAUGAGUCUAUUCAGGUCUGCUGCUGCUAUCGCAGCCAGACUGAGUCCACUGAAAUCUGGAAAUGCGGCGACAAACUUACUUGCUCGAACAAUACCGCGGACAGAUAAGGUGGCUGUCCGUUGGGGAGGUCAUGGUAAGAACAUGUUCGUCAUCAAACCAACUGAGUUCUAUGACAAGAGAUUUCUACGUCUGUUGCAAUUCUACAUCCUGCUGACUGGUAUUCCAGUGGCUAUCAUUGUCACAUCAGUGAAUCUCUUCAUCGGUGAAGCGGAGCUGGUGGAAACCCCUGAGGGUUAUGAACCUGAGUACUGGGAAUACUACAAGCACCCCAUCACUAGGUGGAUUUCUCGGAAUAUCUAUGACUCUCCGGUGAAGGACUAUGAAAAAAUGAUGGCUGCAAUCCAAAUAGAAAAAGAGAAGGCAGACAUGAGGCUGGCACAGCUUGAGGUGCGCAAACACAUGAGAGCGAGAGGUGAUGGCCCCUGGUUCCAGAUGGAGACCCUCAAUAAGGAUCUCAUCGACUCCAGCCCCAAAGCAACACCUGAUAACUGAACCAGACUGUUGUCAGUACACUGUGCUGGUCUGGUCCACUAUUUGUACAUUUUUCCCCCCACUUCACGCUUAAAUAAAAUAUCUAUGUGUA